CAACAUGGUGGCGCCCUGCGUGUUUCAGUAAAAGACUGUGGUUUGAAAUAAAUCUAAAGAAGAAGCAGAGCGAUGGCAGACGGUGGUGACAAACCUCUGGUUGAGACCCUUCCUCCCAAGGUUCCUCCCAAGGAGGGGGGCGGUCCCGACGAGCCCGUCCGGGUGUGCGACAACGACGGCGUGAUGUCCGAUGACAGAGCCGAAGGGACGGCCGAGGCUGCGUCCGACUCGGGCGCGUACGGCUACAUCAAAGAAGACCUGUUCACGUCGGAGAUUUACAAAGUGGAGAUCAGGAACCUGCCCAAGUUCAUCGGCUUCAACGACCUGAAGAAGUUCCUGGCCAAGCACGGCCUCAGCUCACACAAGGUCAAACUGUUUGACAAGCACAAGUUCGCAUUUGUCACCUUCAAGAACGAGGAGGAGCGCGACAAGGCGAUGAAGAUGGUGCACGGCAUGCAGUGGAAGGGCCAGGUCCUGAGCGUCCGGUUGGCCAAACCUAAGGCAGACCCCAUCCUGGGGAGGAGGAGGAAUAAGGGGGAGGACAGAGGCUCGGGGGGGCAGCCGCCCUGCAAGCGGGCAGAAGGAGAACCGGACGAGGAGCCGCUCAGCGUCCAGAUUGCCAACGUGGUGACUCCUCUGUGGGGAGUGCCUUACGAGGAGCAGCUGAGGAGGAAGGAGAACGAAGUCAGGGGCGUUCUUCAGAGGUUGGCCAAGGAGAUCGGCAGCACCAACAAAAUCCUGCUGCCGUGGCUGUUUGCACAGAAGGGGAAGUACAAUAAUAUGUGCUGCCCCCUGGAGGCCAUUCAACCAUCGCCCACACAGACGGCCUACAGGAACAAGUGCGAGUUCCUCAUCUCAAUGGGAGCAGACGGUCGCGACAAGACCAUCGGUUUUCGUCUGGGGAAGUACAAAGGAGGCUCAUGCGCGGUAGUGGGCCCGGCCGACACGUGUCAUGUGUCCGACCAGGCCAAGAACGUAGUCGGCAGCUUCCAGACGUUCAUCAGAACCACGCCGUACUCUGUGUACAGUCCUGAGACGUACGAGGGUCACUGGAAGCAGCUGACGGUACGCAGCACCAGGAGCGGUGAGACCAUGGCCAUGGUCUUCUUCAACCCACAGAAACUGGAAGAAGAAGAACUGGACGACCUGAAGAGAUCCAUGCGGGAGUUCUUCACGGACGGCGAGGGACAGAGCUGCGGGCUGACUUCUUUAUACUUCAUCAGAGAAGGUCAAAGGACCUCACCUAAUCCUGAAGACCUGCCCUGUGAGCUGGUCGCCGGGGAGACCUGCAUCCACGAGGAACUGCUGGGCCUGAAGUUCCGGAUUUCUCCUCAUUCUUUCUUCCAGGUGAACACCGCAGCUGCGGAGGUGCUGUACUCCGUGGUGGGGGAGUGGGCCCAGCUGGACCAGGACAGCACCGUGUUGGACGUGUGCUGUGGGACGGGGACCAUCGGCAUCUCCCUGGCUAAGAGGGUGAAGAAGGUGAUCGGGAUCGAAAUGUGUCAGGAAGCAGUGGCGGACGCUAAGGUUAAUGCCAAGCUCAACGGUCUCAGUAACGUCGAGUUCCACUGCGGCAGAGCGGAGGACGUGUUCCCCAACGUUCUCGGCGCGGUGGUGUCGCCCAAUGUCACGGCGAUCGUGGACCCGCCGCGGGCAGGUCUACACUCUAAGGUGAUCCUGGCGAUCAGGAGGGCGGAGCACCUGAAGAGGCUGGUUUACGUGUCGUGUAACGCCAAGGCAGCCAUGAACAACUUCGUAGACCUUUGCAGAGCUCCUUCCAACCGGGUUCAGGGCGCCCCCUUCAGACCAGUGCGAGCCAUCUCUGUGGAUCUGUUCCCCCAGACCAUCCACGUUGAGAUGCUCCUUCUACUGGAGAGAGAGGGAUACAGCACCCCGACCAGCAGCGAUCGGGAAAAGAUAGAUAGCUAGCCUUGGUACAGCGUGCUAUUAAAUUUUUUUUUUUUUUUUACAUUUGUAAAGUAUCUGCAAGGCUAGUACUUGUCGAGAGGCCGAGCUAGUACCUUCUUAAGUUGGCUUCACGAACUGCUUUUUAUCUAUUGCAUCUUCCUGGGCUACGUCACCAAACACAGACGGAAAGGUUUCCUGUGGAAAGGGCAGGGCGACAUCUAGUGGUGAAAUCUUGUUUUAAGUGUAGAACGCGCGUUUCCCUUUAAAACUUAAGAACACGAAUGACGUGUAUUUCUGUUUUUAAUCAAUAAAAAUACGGAGGGCGCCCACAAGGUGGCGCCACUCUCAUGCAUUCAUUUCAAA